CCUGAUGAUAACUAAUUAUCACGAAGGACGAGGAGAGACAGCGGAAAGCUGACCGGAGGAGCAUCUGAAGAUGUAGUCACGUGAACCGCUGCUCGGGCCCUCCACUGCAAAAAGGAAGAAGCGACGUUCAGACGAGUCGACAACGACCAACAACGAGCCGCGCCUCACAGUAAGAGGGGCCUCACAAAAGCCACUGAAGAGCAUGCAGGUUCAAGUCGAUCCAAAUGAAGACACACAAUUUCAUGAUGAGCUUCGAGCGAGGGGCAUCAUCCCUCAGAAGCCACCCUCGCGGAGCCCCUCGCCCGAGCCACCGACGAAAGCAGAAGAACGCGAAGAGGCUCUGAGACACGCCAGCUUGGCAGACAUCGAUCGAGCGCUCGAGGAGGAUGGAGUGGGAGGGGAGGCAGACGAUGAGGAGAGGAAGCUUAUUGCCCUGAGGAAACAACGAUUGGCGGCCAUUGCGCAGGAGAGGAAAAGGGCACGUUUCGGGCGAGUGUACCCCAUUGGACGACCCGACUAUGCGAGAGAAGUGACUGAAGCGAGCAAGGAGGAGGCAGAAACACGAGGCGACAGCGACAAGAAAGGCACUGGCGUCGUCUGCUUUCUCUACAAAGAUGGCAUGGAGACAUGUACGCUUCUGGCAGGCUACCUGGACUUUCUCGCAGAAAAGUACCCGGCGACAAAAUUCGUCAGCAUUGUCGGAGACAAGUGCAUACCUAAUUAUCCAGACCGUAACUUGCCAACACUGCUCAUCUACCGAAACGGCGAGCUGCACCGACAGAUUAUAGGUCUGCGCCCUGAGGUGGGCUUGGAUGGCAUGAAGACCAAGUGUGAAGACAUCGAGCUGCUUUUGACUGCGACAGGAGCCAUCGAGCACUCCAAAAUUCCUGGUGCAGAAGGUCAAGGGUUCAACGAGGAAGAAGACGACGGAGAUGCAGACGAGGGCUUUGGAGGAAAUCGUACACAUGAUCGGUCCAUCAGGAACACAUCAAAGACGCAGGAGGAGCUGGACGCGGAGCUAGACUGGGACCUGUAGGUGCCUUGGCACGACUUCGGCCCUGAACUAAUUGUCGGGCGACCAUGUGCUCGAAAGUUUCUUGAAAGCCACCAGCUCGAGGCCGAGGGAGGGAGCGCGGUAGACAUCGCGGACUUAAAGCCCAGUAUUUGUAAGACAAAGAGAACUACGGCCGCAAACUCUUAAUUGUAAAAGACAAGAAAAAAAGCGCUUCCUACUACCAAUUCGGAUUGAGGGGCCAAGGCCGCGCUGUGGGCGUACAGAGCUAACGGCACAGUCAAAGU